CCUAGCUAUCUCUGAGCUUGGAAAAUAAAAAUUAAACCCUUUUAUUUCUCGAGCUCCUUUUUUUUGCUAGUUGCUUCAUCUCCUCCUUAAUUAACCAUAUUUUUUUUCUUGAAAUUCCCUCGUUUUAUUGUUUUCAACAAAAAUGGACAAGGUACAAAGAAUGGCUAGGGAACAUGGAGUGGUCAUCUUCAGCAAGAGUACAUGUUGUUUGUGUUAUGCAGUGAGUAUAUUAUUUCAAGAUCUUGGAGUAAUUCCAUAUGUUCAUGAAAUUGAUCAUGAUCCUGAAGGAAAAGAAAUGGAAAAAGCUCUAAUGAGGAUGGGUUGCAAUGCUAUGAUGCCAGCAGUUUUUAUUGGGGGACAAUUGGUUGGUUCUACUAAUGAAGUUAUGUCACUUCACCUUAAGGGCUCACUCAUUCAACUCAUUAAGCCUUACAUGGCUGUUUAAAAGUUAAAAUGUAAUUCCCCAUUUCAAGAAAAUUAAGAAAAGUACUUUGCCAUUAAUGUUGAUUAGUAACUAGGAACAAAGAAAUAAAUUGUUGGGUUGAAGAAGUUGUAGUUUACAAAUGUCCUAUGUAUGAUGUGUUGGUUGUGAUUAUAUAUGUUGUAAUGUUAUUAAUUCAAUCUUGAUCAGUAAUCUCUUGCAA